AAGAAGAAGAAGAGCUUCCUUUAUUUCUACUCUCUCCUUAAAUUUUUCUUUCUACUCCAGAUGAAUUAAGGCUCUUCUUGUUCUUCAUCGUCACAUUCAAAUACCCACUUCGGGUUUAGUUCAAAGAGAGGAAAAAAAUGGUUCUUUCUGACCAGAACAGCCAGAAUCUGAUCAGAUCCACAAGCUUUCAAGAACAUGUGAAGUUUGGGCAGGAGAUUAGGCAAAACAGGAGGGCAUUAGCGGCCAUUAAUCAGAGUUUAGUGGGAGGUCAACCAUACCCUUGUGUUGUUAACAAGAGAGCCUUCUCUGAAAAUCAGGAAAUUAGUGAAAAGAAGCAGGCAGGUCCAGCUCAUAGACCAAUUACCAGGAGGUUUGCUGCACAAAUUUCAAGCACAAAACAAUCUUGCCUUGAGGAAACAAAAAAGAAGACAACUAAUUCAUCAUCAGUCUCAAACCCAAAUGUAUUUGGUGAGAGCAUUUUCAUAGAUGAGGAAUGCAAGUCCCCUCAAGAUCAGCCAGUUCCCAUGUUCUUGGAACAACCAGAAGAAACCCAUCAUAUGGAGGAGGUUGAAAUGGAGGAUAUAGCUCUAGAAGAGCCCAUUGCGGAUAUUGAUAGCUGCGACACAAAGAACCCGCUUGCCGUUGUUGAUUAUGUUGAGGAUCUUUAUGCUUUCUAUAGGAAAAUGGAGGGGCCAAGCUGUGUUUCACCCAAUUACAUGGCACAACAAUAUGACAUUAAUGAGAAGAUGAGGGCUAUAUUAAUUGACUGGCUUAUUGAGGUGCAUGACAAGUUUGCGCUCAUGAAAGAAACAUUGUUUCUGACUGUUAAUCUGAUAGAUAGAUUUUUAUCUAAGCAAACAGUAGUAAGAAAGAAACUUCAGUUGGUUGGACUUGUUUCCAUGCUUUUGGCAUGCAAAUACGAGGAAGUUUCUGUUCCUGUUGUAGGUGAUUUGAUUGUCAUAUCAGACAAGGCUUACACAAGGGAACAAGUUCUUGAAAUGGAGAAUUUGAUGCUCAACACAUUGCAGUUCAACAUGUCAGUUCCAACACCUUAUGUCUUUAUGAGAAGGUUCCUCAAGGCUGCUCAAUCUGACAAAAAGCUUGAAGUACUAUCCUUCUUCUUGAUCGAGCUUUCGCUGGUGGAGCAUGAGAUGCUCAAGUUUCUGCCAUCUUUGUUGGCUGCCGCAGCAAUCUACACCGCUCAAUGUACUCUUUACGGGUUAAAGCAGUGGAGUAGGACCUGUGAAUGGCACACAAACUACUCAGAAGACCAGCUCCUAGAAUGCUCGAGAUUGAUGGUGGGGUUCCAUCAGAAGGCAGCAACAGGAAGACUAACAGGAGUACAUAGGAAGUAUUCAACAUCUAAGUUUGCAUACACUUCAAAAUGUGAACCGGCAAACUUUCUAUUGCAGACUCAGCUAUAGCUAUAGCAGCAGCCCAUGUAUAGCUAUAUAUAGUAGCUACACACUAACAAUAACCAACCAACCAACCAACCGUGAUAACUGUUUGAUUCUGAUUGUGAUGAUCUGGGUUGGUGGGGAUUGGAAUUUAAAUAUGCACAUAAUAAUUCAGCAACUUGGGGGAAAUUAAAUUGGUAUAUUAUUAUUCUAUCGAGAUAUUUCUAUUCUAAUGUACCCGGUUGUUAAUUGCUCUACAGCCAUAUUAUAUUGUAUUUUUGUUCUAUGUUCCAAUUGAUCAUAAUACUCAUUGUUUGUAGUUUUAUUGUUCACUUUGGACAAUAAUGUGACAAUUAUACACAC